AUGCCGAGAUCGAGCGCAUCAAGCCCGUACCUCCAUUUUGAAGGAGAAGAGGACGACAGGGAAACGGACCAUGACACGCCUGAGGUUGUCAUCAACGCCGCUACACAGAUCCGCGGGCACGGAAACAUCAUAUCUAUUGCGCAAAUGGACAGUGUACGGAUAGCAAACCUCAUCACGAGCUUGCUUAACUGUGGGGAUAAAAUACCAGUAGACGACGCCACACGACCUCUUACACCUCCAAGCCCAGUGCCACUAGCAACGGCGCAGGCGCAGCGCACAACAAGAACCCAAGUCAGGGGGGUGCAUAGGUAUCCUAACAUCAACAUCACGGUCAAUUGCGGUGCGACGGUACUAGGGGACCGGAACAUUGUAGGGCCAGGGUUAGGCGAUAUUGCAAGACAGAUGCAGAUGGCGCAGCGAAACCAGGCAGCGGCACUACAGGCUCAUCAACAACUACAACAAAGACAAGCAGCAGCGGCAGCAGCUGUUGCUGCCGAGGAGCAAAAGACGGCAUCACCGCCACUGCAGCGAAGCGGUAGUAUGUAUCAGACUGCUACCUCGCCGUCGCAAUACUGUAGGCAAGUGCCCUUGUCGCAUGGUGUUGCAACGCCGCCCAUGAGUCGAAGCUCAAGUCUGCAUAGCGAUGGCGAGAGUCGGAAAAGGAAGGGGGCAGAUGUUUGCGAGGCGGCUGAGGCGAAGAGGCGGUGUUGA